AUGGCCAAAACUCUUACACGCAAGUCGCAGUAUAAAGACGACCUAACUUUAAAUGAAUGGACAUCAAAAAACCCAGCAGAAACUUUGAAUUGGUCACAAAAAACUUUAUUAGCAGUCGGAUGGGGAUCAAAUGUGUCGAUUUAUUCAGGUAUAGGUCGAAAUGAAAAACGAAAACGAACUCAUAUGCAAGAAAGAUUUCCAUCAGAAACGAUUGAACAAGUCCAAUUUUGUCCAUUUGAAGAUGUUUUAGGUGUUGGACAUAGUGGAGGGUUUAGUAGUUUGAUUAUCCCAGGUUCAGGUGAAGCUAAUUUCAAUAGUUUAAAAGCCGAUCCAUUUGAAAACAAAUCACAAGCUGCACAAGGAAAAUCAGGUGAAGAAGAAAUCUUAGAUGUUGAUGAUGAUGUUGUUCAACAGAAUGGAAUGAAGGAUCAAUCUACAGGAAUCUCAGUACCGAUCAAGGAGAAAGAAAAGAAAAAGAUGAGAGGUAAAAAUUCAAGUUUGAAACGAGUUUUACGAAAGAAACAUAAGAAUGUGAUCACACCUGAAGCCGAAGCACUUCGAGCUAAGAUUGCAUUACGUAAACAACAAACGGCUACUUUGAAAUCUAAAGAAACCUCUUACGGAACACCAAGUGGACCAGUUGAUGCUUUAAGUCGGUUUUCGAAUAAGAAAUAG